GCAUUUAGUAUAUGUAUGAUCUUCGUCUGCUCUCCUCUUAGGGCAAGUGCAAGGAAUGGCAAAAAGAGUAAAGCUUUAAAGCAGCAGCCCUCUCCCUCUUCCUCCGAUGACGAAGACGAUUAUAAGAAAGCUCUCGCCGGCCCGCGGCGGCAGGCCACGGUCAACGUCAGCUACAAAGAGGACGAGGAACUGAAGACCGAUUCAGAUGACCUGGUGGAGGUGUGUGGAGAGGACGUCCCACCACCAGAAGAGGAUGAGUUUGAGACACUAGAGAGGGUGAUGGAGAUGAGGAUAGGGCGGAAAGGAGCGACGGGAGCAGUAACAACAGUUUACGCUGUGGAGGCAGACGGCGACCCCAACGCCACCUUUGACCCCAACAGACAGUCAGGAGACGUGCAAUACUUGAUCAAAUGGAAGAACUGGUCCCACAUUCACAACACCUGGGAGACGGAGGAAACCCUCAAACAACAGAACGUGAAGGGCAUGAAGAAACUGGACAACUUCAAGAAAAAAGAGCAAGAUAAGAAGAAAUGGCUGAAAACGGCUUCACCUGAAGAUGUGGAAUACCUCAACUGUCAGCAGGAACUGAUGGACGACCUGCAUUCACAAUACCAACUUGUAGAGCGAAUCAUCGGUGAGGAAGCUCUCAGCUCUCCGGAUUUUGAGGAAACGCACACAGUGUUUGUUUAUUUCUGCUGUGGUCUUAAACUUGCAGGACAUUCAAAUCAGAAGUCGGCCGCCGGUUAUCCAGAUUACCUGUGUAAAUGGCAGGGCCUGCCGUACUUCGAGUGCAGCUGGGAGGAUGGAGCGCUCAUCGGCAGAAAGUUUCAGAAGUGCAUUAAUGAGUACAUGAGCCGAAACCAGUGUAAAACCAUCCCAUCCAGAGAAUGCAAGGUUUUAAAACAGAGACCUCGGUUUGUGCCCAUGAAGAAACAGCCUCACUAUAUCGGUGGAGAAGGUCUGGAGCUGCGGGAUUAUCAGCUGGACAGUCUGAACUGGAUGGCCCAUUCCUGGUGCAAAGGGAACAGUUGUAUCCUAGCAGAUGAAAUGGGUUUGGGUAAAACCAUCCAAACCAUCAGUUUCCUGAAUUACCUGUUUAAUGAGCAUCAGCUGUACGGACCCUUCCUGUUGGUGGUGCCGCUGUCCACGCUUACAUCCUGGCAGAGAGAGAUCCAGCUCUGGGCUCCACAGAUGAACGUUGUCGUCUACCUGGGAGACAUCAACAGCAGAAACAUGAUCCGGACACAUGAAUGGAUGCAUCUGCAGACCAAACGCUUAAAGUUGAACAUCCUUCUUACUACUUAUGAAAUUCUGCUCAAAGAUAAGUCAUUUUUAGGGAACGUGAGCUGGGCGUUCAUUGGUGUAGAUGAAGCCCAUAGGCUGAAGAACGACGACUCGCUUCUCUAUAAGACCAUGAUGGAGUUCAAGUCUAACCACAGACUGCUGAUCACAGGCACACCUCUGCAGAACUCCCUCAAAGAGCUCUGGUCUCUACUGCAUUUCAUCAUGCCCGACAAGUUUCACUCGUGGGAGAUGUUUGAAGAGGAACAUGGGAAAGGCAGAGACUCGGGCUACACCAGCCUUCAUAAAGAGCUGGAGCCUUUUCUGCUGCGUAGAGUCAAGAAGGACGUGGAGAAAUCUCUGCCUGCCAAGGUGGAGCAGAUCCUCAGGGUGGAGAUGAGCGCCAUUCAGAAACAAUACUACAAGUGGAUAUUGACGCGGAACUAUAAAGCCCUGAGUAAAGGCACUAAGGGAAGCACAUCGGGCUUUCUGAACAUCAUGAUGGAGCUGAAGAAAUGCUGUAACCACUGCUACCUCAUCAAACCCCCCGAAGAAAACGAGUUCUACAACAGACAAGAGGGACUACAGCACCUGAUUCGCAGCAGUGGGAAACUGGUGCUUUUGGAUAAACUGCUGGUUCGGCUGAAGGAACGAGGUCACCGCGUGCUCAUCUUCUCUCAGAUGGUCCGGAUGCUGGACAUCCUGGCCGAGUAUCUGAAGUCCAGGCAGUUCUUAUUUCAGAGACUGGACGGUUCUAUAAAGGGUGAGAUGAGGAAGCAGGCGCUGGAUCAUUUUAACGCCGAAGGUUCAGAGGACUUCUGCUUCCUGUUGUCCACACGAGCGGGCGGUCUGGGCAUUAAUCUGGCUUCUGCGGAUACAGUGGUCAUUUUCGACUCGGACUGGAACCCUCAGAAUGACCUACAGGCCCAGGCCAGAGCUCACAGGAUCGGACAGAAGAAACAGGUGAAUAUAUACCGUCUGGUGACAAAGGGCUCAGUUGAGGAGGAGAUUAUUGAGAGAGCCAAGAAGAAAAUGGUAUUAGAUCAUCUGGUGAUUCAGAGGAUGGACACUACAGGGAAGACAGUUCUUGACACGGGUGCCGCUCCUUCCAGUUCCACUCCGUUCAACAAGGAGGAGCUGUCUGCUAUCCUGAAGUUUGGUGCAGAAGAGCUCUUUAAAGAGCAGGAGGGAGAAGAGCAGGAACCUCAGGAGAUGGAUAUCGAUGAGAUCCUGAAGAGAGCAGAGACCAGAGAGAAUGAUCCUGGACCAUCAACUGUAGGAGAAGAACUCCUUUCACAGUUUAAGGUGGCCAACUUCUCCAUGAUGGACGAUGAGGAAAUCGACAUGGACACUGAUAGAAACAAUAAGAACUGGGAUACAAUUAUCCCCGAGGAGCAGCGGAGGAGAAUGGAGGAGGAGGAGCGACAGAAGGAGCUGGCAGAGAUCUAUUUACUGCCCCGCAUGAGGAAAUGUGCUAAACAGAUCAGCUUUAAUGGAAAUGAGGGCAGACGCAGCCGGAACAGGCGAUACUCGAUUUCAGACAGUGACUCUACCUCAGAAAGAAAGCGGCCCAAGAAACGAGGAAGACCUCGAACCAUUCCACGAGAGAACAUUAAAGGCUUUACUGAUGCCGAGAUACGCAGGUUUAUCAAAAGCUACAAGAAGUUUGGUGGUCCUUUAGAAAGACUGGAUGCUAUCGCUCGUGAUGCUGAGCUGGUGGAUAAAUCCGAGCAUGAUCUUCGGCGGCUGGCUGAGACUGUUCACAACGGCUGUGUGAGGACGCUGAAGGAGAAUCCCUGUGGACCUGAGAGAACCUCGGGAGGCAGGAGAGGGAAGGUGAAAGGACCCACCUUCAGGAUCUCAGGGGUUCAGGUCAAUGCCAAACUGGUGAUCUCUCACGAGGAGGAGCUGGCACCUCUACACAAGGCCAUACCUGCUGACCCUGAAGAGAGAAAGAGGUAUAUAAUCCCGUGUCAUGCAAAGGCAGCUCAUUUUGACAUCGAGUGGGUAAAAGAGGACGACUCCAGUCUGCUCAUCGGCAUCUAUGAGUACGGUUAUGGCAGCUGGGAAAUGAUCAAGAUGGACCCGGAUCUCAACCUCACCCACAAGCUCCUUCCAGAUGAUCCUGAUAAGAAACCCCAGGCCAAACAGCUACAGACACGAGCUGACUACCUCAUCAAGUUAUUAAGCAAAGACCUGGCCAAGAAAGAAGCCCAGAAACAGUCUGGCACGGCAAACUCGCGGAAGAGGAAGCCACGGGGGAAGAAAAAUAAAGCCGUGAAACCGAAGGUCGAUGAGGUGAUGAACAGUCUGUCCUCAGCUCCUCCGUCAGAUAAGAGCUCUGAAGAUGAGGAUGACAAAGACGAAGAGGAAAAGGAACCCGCUGUGGUGAAAGCGCCUAACAGGAGAGGAGGCGUCACAGAGCGAACGGUUAAGGACGAGGAGGAGGAGGAGGAAGAGGAAGAAGAAGAAGAAGAAGAGUCGUCUGAGGAAGAGGAGCCCGAGAUUAAAGAGCAGGAGGAGGAGAUAAAGAAGGUGGUGAAAAAAGAGAAGAAAGAGGAGGGCCGGGACAGCAAAGAACGAGAACCAAAAGAGAAGGAAAUCAAGCCAGAUCCCGUUCACAAAGAGGAAGAGUCUCCCACAGAGAAGGCUGUCGAUGUGAAAGCAGAAGUGCGGGAGAAGGCGGCAGACACACCUGUGCCCGUCUCUGCAGGAGGAGAGAAUAUUCCAGCAUCUGAGGAGUCUGAAGAACUGGACCAGAAGACCUUCAGCGUGUGUAAGGAACGCAUGAGGCCGGUGAAGGCAGCACUGAAGCAGUUGGAUCGUCCAGAGAAGGGCCUGUCUGAGCGAGAGCAGCUGGAACAUACACGCCAGUGCCUGAUCAAAAUCGGAGAUCACAUCACCGAGUGUCUCCGAGAAUACACCAACCCUGAACAGAUCAAACAGUGGAGGAAAAAUCUUUGGAUAUUUGUUUCCAAAUUUACAGAAUUCGAUGCAAGAAAACUGCAUAAACUCUAUAAGCACGCCAUCAAGAAGAGACAAGAAAAUGCUCAGACAUUGGAACAGAACACUAGCACUGUAAAUACACAAAGCGCUAAACAUUCAGAUACGGAGCGGAUAAAGGAGUCGCAGCAGGACGACAGCAGCAGAGACAGCAGCAGCUCUGACAGACAUCACUCAUCUCGCUACCACGAACACGGCAAAGAUCGUCACCCAUCCGACUCGUACAGGAAGAGUGCAGACUCCCGGAAGAGACCGUACCCCUCCUUCAGCAACGGCAAAGACCACCGAGAGCGAGACUGAGACCACUACAGAGAGAGAGAUCGACAGGACAGCAGAUAUUACAGCGACGGCAAGCACAGGAAGGUAGACGAUCAUUUCUCCAGCAGAGACCACCGGUCGGACGGCAGUUCAAAGGAAUCGAGGGCUCACUCGGAACACCGUUCUCACUCCGAGCACCGCUCCGGCUCGGACUACACUCACCACAAAUCGUCACGGGAGUACCGCUACCAUUCGGACUGGCAGAUAGACCACCGGGUUUCGGGCAGCGGCCAGCGCUCUCCACGGGAGCAGCGCUCGCCGUAUGACUCUCGCUCGCCCUUUGAGUACUCAUCCGAUCACAGAAGCACACCGGAACGGGUCUGGAGCAGCCGCAAGACAUAACACUCUCUUCUACUUCAUCUCCUCCAAUCAGCCAUAGACACAAACACACACAGGAAAUGCCUUAGGGGACUGUCGGGGUUCAGGGAGCACAGCUCUGGCCUCACCUGGGAGGAAACAUAAAUCCGCUUAUUUUUGUAUUUAAGAAUCUGCUGCAUCCUUCGCAGCUGCCGCAGAGUAAUUUUUUUAAAUCGUUAUUUUUAUAAAUUGACUUUCCUGUUUUUCUUUGUUUGUUUGUUUUUUAACUUGAGAAGAGACAAAUCCAUGUUUCACCGGCACUGAUCCAGACACGUAACGCGGCUCAUGAAAGGAUGCUAAAUACGCUAGUCUUUAUCAUGCUAGAGGGUGUUCCGAAGGACUGGGGUUUACCUUCCAAAGUACCUCGUUUACAGUGUUUAGUGACCACCUUGCCAAUUUUGAUCAUUCAUGUUUGAAUUAUUAUUUAAAAAUCUGUUUUGGCUGUAAAAUAAUCUGGGCUUUUUCGUGUACGUCCGAUCAUGUCGCUUUCUCACGUUGUACUACUGUAAAUUAUUGUAAAGUAAAUCAAAUGUGGGCUUUUCUCAGGCUGGUGUAGUUACCCGACCCUCAACUUUCUCCCCAUCAACUCAGGCUAUUUUCUCGAUCGUGUUGAUUUUUAGACAUUGUGAGAAAAAUCCAACUAGGUCUGAAUAUAUUCCAUGUGUGUAUUCUGUAUGAUCGUUUUUCUUUGGAUUCUCUUUUUUUUUUUGUCGUUUACUCCUAAUUUGUGCGGUAGGCCUCAUCGAAUUCCUGCACCCUGAUGAGACAACGAGAUGAAAAGGACAUGAGAGGGUUAAUAGUAUCCAGAGACACGUGUGAGGUCUCACUGGAACAUGCUCAUCAUCAUCUUUCCUCUUGUUUUCUAGAACUGUUGGCAAUAAUGUAAUAUUUUCUAUGCAGCCCAAAUGUAUUUGUGGUGACCGGCCCGAGUCAGAAUGCUGUUACAGGAAACACUGAUGUAUAUAGAACUCUAUAUUUCAAAUCCAAAUUUACACUGAAAAUGCAUGGAUUUUUAGAGUAAUUGUUUUAUAUAAUUGUUUAUGAAGUCAUUAAACUCAAAUCACUGUUUUCACCUGCAAUCCGACUUAGUUUAAAAUAGUGUUGGGAACACAUUUGAUUUGCUUGAUUUGGUUUAUUUUUGAUGAUCCAGAUGAUAAAAGUCUAGAACCUUCAGUGGAUUUUAUUCUGUCCGGUUUUUUUAGUACAAUCUUGUGUCAGGUCAAAAUGCUGAGCGAUGCCACACGAUCACAGAUGAAUUGGAGAUUUGGUCGUUGCAUGUCACCGGUUAUGCAUUC